AUGGAUUCAGAUAGGUACAAAGUUGACAAAAUCCCGACCCUGGAGUGCGAGGGAGAGAAGUUUUUCGUCCUCAAGUCCAUUGUUUGCAAACACUCUCCGGUCCUUUCAAAGGCGUGCAAUGGUCACUUUGAGGAAGCAUCGACAGAUGUGAUCUCCGUGACUCAAUUCAAUGCAAAAACCCUGCGGCGUAUGCUAGAAUUCAUGUACGAAGGAAAAUACGAAGCUAGUGAACUGGAAAAGCAUGAGGAGCUAAACUAUGACAACUAUUUUGCCAGGGACGAACAUCCGGAAGAGGCCACUUUAGAGGACAAAAUAGCUGCUUUGGAGAUCUGUGAAGUCUCUAGCACAGAAGAAGAUGAGCCGCCAACAUAUACUAUCCUGGAUAUGCUCCAGCCGCAUAUCCUUGUCAACUCCAUAAGUGAUUAUUACGACGUUCCUGGAUUGAAGUCGCAAGCCAACCAGCACGUAUGCGACGUUCUUGAGAAUUCAUGGUCUGCUAGCGAUUUUAUGGCAGCAGCGGAGCUUACAUUUGCGUCUACAUCGGAUACAGAACUCUACGCGAUCAUAACUGCAGCCAUAAAUGGCCAUAUCAAGAAAUUGCUGGACCGAGAGGAUUUUCUCGGACAGGGAUUACUAAAUCCAUACUCGAUCACAUCCUACGUUGAGGACUGCAAGACAUUGGCUGCGCUGCGUCUCGUCGACAAAGCUUUCUGCCGUAGCGCGUCAAGGGGACUGUUCCGGCGUGUGAUCUUGGAAGUGGGCUAUAAGCCAGCCAUCACGACGAAGUUUCAGGCUUUGGCUUCCAGCGAGUAUGCCCAAUUUGUUCGCGAAGCAGUCUUCAGCCCGGACCCAAUAUUCAAGCACACUAGAUGGCGCCCUAAGUUUGUGUUCGCGCCAAACAUCCUGACUCGCCUUACAUCUGUCCUCAAGAAGCUUCCAAAGUUGGAGACUGUUGCAAUAUGUCCUCUUCCGUGGGACCCAACUUUAUCAUGGUCUUCGGUUGCCCUCAGAGCGAUCGCUGACCUGAAGCAUCACAACGUGACACGGCUAGAGAUGUCUCUCGAUAACAGCGCUUAUCUCAAAAGGUGUAUUGAAUGUCGUCAGGAAAAGCCAGUCACGCAACUCAUCCGACAAGUGCAACAUUUGAAACUGUAUGGCAAGAACGAAGAAGAGGAUGACAUGGAUGAUCUCCAUCUCAUACUGAAAACCGCAGCGAAUCUUGUUUCUCUCGAAGUGAAUAGUUAUUGCUCUGUUUACGGAUCCUCCGUGAAAGAGUAUAACUUUCAUCAGCAUCUUCAACUGAAGUCCUUGAACUUGGUCUGCGUAUCAAUCACCUCUUAUGAACUAUUGGGCCUACUGGAAUGGUGCAAAGACACCAUCAAAUCUGUCGCGAUCGGCUUCUUGGCAUUAAAUGCAGGAUCUUGGCUACACGUUCUCAUGCAGAUCAAAAAGAACCUGAAGUUGCUCAAGUUCUUCUUUAACGAAUGGAACAUAUCUCGUGCAAAGGAGACUGAAUAUGGCAAUUACAUGUGGCGCUCGCUCGGGAAGUUUCGACGCGACCACGAACUCAUUGGCUGCGCCAUUGGUGAUUUGCAACGUCAAACAAACGCGAAUAGGAUUGCUGAAGGACUUCGGCCUCUGUCCAAGGAAGAGUAUCGAGAGCUUGAUCUUCCAACCUUGGAGUCUGCCAUUGAUGAUGCACGGUACACAGAGCUCAUUUCACGAUCUUGGGACGCAGAGAAGGAUGCAACCUAUGAGUGGGAUACCGGUAGUGAUGACCCUGACGAUUAA